CUAUAAAACUCUAGCCGACCACACCGUUGCCAGCCAGAGACGUUCAUCCACCUCUCAUCCCCUUCUCCUCUUCAACGACCCAUUUUAUACCACAAUGUCUGUCCAAGAACGCACCUACAUCAUGGUCAAGCCUGACGGUGUCCAACGUGGACUCGUUGGCAACAUCAUCUCCCGCUUUGAGCAGCGUGGGUUCAAACUGAUCGCUCUCAAGCUCGUCCACGCUACCCCUGAGCACUUGGAGAAGCACUAUGCUGACCUUAAGGGCAAGCCUUUCUUCCCUGGCUUGAUUAAGUACAUGGCAUCUGGCCCCGUUGUCGCAAUGGUCUGGCAAGGCCUUGAUGCUGUCAAGACUGGCCGUGUCAUGCUCGGUGCUACCAACCCUCUUGCUUCUGCCCCGGGUACCAUUCGUGGCGAUUUCGCUCUCGCCGUCGGACGCAACAUCUGCCACGGCUCUGAUGCUGUCGAGAGCGCUGAGAAGGAAAUCCAGCUCUGGUUCCCCGAGGGUGUCGUUCAGUACACCAACGACAACGAGAAGUGGAUCUUCGAGUAAUUGUCUCCCGGUGUAAAAGAAGUUAUUCGUGGCUUGGGCACAACGUGUACAUUCAUAGAACUCAAUUGAUAUCGGGAUAGAAUCGACUGCU